UGGCAACACUGCUCUAGUUAAACUUUGAAAAUUUUGACAUUUGAAUUCAAAAUAAAUCCAAAAAAAAAAUAAACAAAUAAUUUUCUCACAAAUAAAAUCAAUUAUUCAUCCCUUUGAAAAUACCAAAAUCCCUGUGAUAAGUUUCCAGAAUGAACUCCUUGAAAGCCCUAAACGCAACACGAAAAAUCUUCACAAAACCAAUAAAUUUGGGCAUUUUUGCUAGAAAUGCUUCAGACGUGAUGGUAGACCCACCCGAGGAUCCAACCAUUACGAUUCCCAGGCCGUUGUCAAGGGAAAACGAGGAUUUGAAGCAGCGUAAAGCCAGAUUAGUCUAUCAGUCAAGGAAAAGGGGCAUGUUGGAAAAUGACCUUUUACUCAGUACAUUUAUUGCCAAACAUUUGGAUACUUUUACUCCUCAGCAGAUUGAUACCUAUGAUAAAUUGAUUAAUGGUCCUUCAAAUGACUGGGACAUUUACUACUGGGCCUCAGAAGUAAAACCGAUUCCAGCGGAUUAUAACAACGACAUCAUGCAGAUGUUGAAGAUCCACUGUAAAAAUUUAAACAAAGAGUCCAGGAUAAGGCAGCCAGAUUUGCCGUGAUGAAUUUUUCAUUGUUGAAGAUGGACAUGAUUUGUUCAUUGACGAAGUUUGAACUGUAUUAUUUAAUUUAUUGAUUGUUAGAUGUUGAAAUAAAAUUGUUAUACACUGAGGUUUAUAUAUUUAAAUUAAAUUCCAAUGGGGAUA